CUGUCACUGCUCGGUCUCUGUGUGCAACAGCAGCUCGGCUCAGGCAGCAGACGGCGGCUCGCGCCUCCGGUCCCAUCUAGCGUUUUCCUCCGUUUAUUCCCAUUCUCCCUCUUUUCCUGUUUUGCACACUCCUUUCUCUGUUUUUGUUUUUGUGUGGAGAGAUGUCCGCCAGACCAGGUUUUUAUCGUCAGGAGCUGAACAAGACUGUGUGGGAGGUUCCGGAGCGGUACCAGAACCUGACGCCGGUGGGCUCCGGCGCCUACGGCUCGGUGUGCUCAGCGUAUGAUGUCGUCUUGCGGCAGAAGGUUGCAGUGAAGAAGCUGUCCCGGCCCUUCCAGUCUCUGAUCCACAGCCGCCGCUCGUACCGCGAACUCAGGCUGCUCAAGCACAUGAAACAUGAGAAUGUAAUAGGACUGCUGGACGUCUUCACACCUGCUGCAACAUUAGAGGACUUCAAUGAACUCUACCUGGUGACGAACCUGAUGGGCGCAGACCUCAAUAACAUUGUUAAAUUUCAGAGGUUGUCAGACGAGCACGUGCAGUUCUUAAUUUACCAGCUUCUCCGCGGCCUCAAGUACAUCCAUUCAGCCGGAUUGAUCCACAGAGACCUUAAGCCAAGUAAUGUGGCAGUAAAUGAGGACUGUGAGCUGAGGAUCCUUGACUUUGGAUUGGCCAGACAGACAGAUGACGAGAUGACAGGGUAUGUGGCAACUCGCUGGUAUCGAGCGCCAGAGAUCAUGCUAAACUGGAUGCACUACAAUCAGAAUGUUGAUAUUUGGUCAGUGGGAUGCAUUAUGGGAGAGCUGCUGAAGGGAAAAGUCCUCUUUCCUGGCACUGACUAUAUCGACCAGUUGAAGAGAAUCAUGGAGGUGGUUGGGACACCGUCACCCGAACUGUUAAAGAAGAUCUGCUCUGAACAUGCGCAGAAAUACAUCCAGUCUCUGCCCUUCAUGCCUCAGCAGGACCUCGAAAAAAUCUUUAGAGGAGCAAAUCCACUAGCUGUCGAUCUGCUGAAGCGUAUGAUGGUUCUGGACUGUGACGGGAGGAUCUCAGCCAGCGAGGCUCUGUCCCACCCGUACUUCUCACAGUACCAUGAUCCCGAUGACGAGCCAGAAGCCCCGCCUUACGACCAAACGCUGGAGAGUAAAGAUCGAACUCUAGAGGAAUGGAAAGAGUUGGUAUUCGAAGAGGUGAACAGCAUCAGAGCAUCCGGCAGCAAGACUGAUAGCCUUCAGGUGGAGCAGUAAGCAUUUGCUCUGCCUCAAACCCUUGACCCUGAAGAAGGAGCACACACUCAAAUGAUGAGGAAGGACUGUGGCAAGCCAAGUGAAGAAAAACUGCAUUUCCUCUGCUCAGCGUGACUGUGUUUGACUGCCUGUCAUGGGUUUAAGUGAGCAGCAGGGCAGGAUGGUCUCCAUGGAAUCAGAUGCACACAUUGCAAUUACAGGGAGCAAUUUUAAAAUCCGAUAGAAAGAGCUUUCCAGUCCAGAAAGUUGCUUCCUCUUAUGUUUCCAUUCAGUGAGGGUAAAAUGUGGAACCGUUUGACAUGACUGCGUCAUACGAGGGAGCAACUUUGUGGGACUGAAUUGUGUUUACAGACUGAUAGAAAGGUAUCGAAAGAUGAAAAACAAAACGCACACUAGGAUAUCCAAAGCAACGACAGAGUGCCGUCUCAUCAUGACAAAUGCCAUAAGCAGUCAGAGAUUUCAUAUAUAAAAUUCAUGUUUAAAUGCUUGCAGCAAUGCCACGUCAUGUCACAGAACAGCUUAGCAUCUAGCCUGCUUACUACUGCAUGAUUUUUGUGCAUUUUAUUAUUACAGAUUAUGGUAGUGUAAUUAUAUAACCAUUAAGACUGCUUAUUGCAUCUGCCACACACUGAUGUAAAACAGCCUGAGGGUCAGAGAGACGCAUUACCAGGAAAUGUGACCAACUAUUUAUCUUCAUCAUUUCAGUGCAGUAAAAAAAAUAAUAAUACAAAAGCAAACAAAGACGACUGUUCUUCCUCAGAUGAGAGUCAUCCUCUCCCGCUUACAGAGUAGUAAACACCAACUGUGCUAUUAAUUAGCAAGGUAAUAAAUAUAUGCCAAAGCUGGAGCAGAAUGGCUGUGUUGCAGGUCUGUGUUUACAGUGCGGCCUUGCCUCUCAUAUACAGUUUCCGCUGAUGGCUGAUUUCUGAUCACCUGUUGGUGUUGGCAGCGCUCCAUCAGGUUUCCAUAGUCUUUUACAGUCCCCGUUUGUGUUUACAAUAAUUAAGACUACGGGCAUUUUGCAAACUGUUAGGAACAUGAUUCUCACAAAGCAGCCAUAUUUGGCUCAUUAGUGAUAUUUCAUGUUUCCUCAUCUUCUUUAUGGUUUACAUGAUGCUUGAGUGUUAAAAUAAGCGCACACAUUCAUUAGUGACCGCCGUGCUAAAGUACUGGGGAAUCACUGGUAACGUUUGUAUAAACAGCAUGAGCUCAGUGCAGAUUAUCACCACAAAUGGCUGAUUUCCUCACUGACAUUGUGUCAUUCAGCUUGCAGCAGACUGGAGUUUUAGUUCAACAAACUUUUUGCUGAGGUAGAAAUAAUCUGGUAGUGUCAAACCACAAUGUGCAGAGCUAACACAUCACAAGUUUUCCAGCAUUAUACUGAAGGUCAGUGAAAAUCUCAAGGGGUAAAAGAGGACAGCACCAAUAUAAUGAAAUCUAGAACUCUGAUACUUGAAGAAAAUAUAUUCAGGAGAAAACUGAUAAUUUCAAUGGGAUAUACCUCAAUGUUAACUGAUGAUGCAUUUAUAAAGAAUAAAACCUGUGUGGUAUUUUGCCCAAAUUUUUAGUAAAGUGGAGAAUUCAUUGACUGAUAUCAGAUGACAUUUUGGGAGAUAAAAGGCUUAUAGAUUAGGCAUAAAUCCAGGUAAUAUCUGCAGAUGCAUUCUUGCACUUAAUCUGUAUACUCAGUGGUGAUACACUGUUUACUGUCAUUAAGGGGCUGUGGCGUAAAGGUGGUAUUAUUUUGUAAAACUUGACAGCCUAAGACACCUAUUGGUACCAACUUUGUUGACAUAGCUUGUCAGGGAAGGGAGCUAAAUAAGGAUAAAUUUUGGCAAAACAAAAAAAAAAACUCAAGAGGGUUAGGUUCCGGUAAAUGUCUUACAUUAUAUGUACUCAAAUUUAAGCUGAACGUUAUAUAAUGAAUCUCCUAACAUGUACAGACACAGAACACAUUAAAACUGUUUUUUUUAUUUUACAGUUUACAUAACUUAUUAUCUGGUGUACGUAAACUUAAAUCAUACAGUUAAAACUUUGAGUUGCACAACAAUCCUACGUAUACCAGUAUGAGAUUCUUUAACUCUCAUAUUGACAUAGUUUUCAGAUAGCCUAUAUACUUCAACAGCAUAAGCAAGUUCCUGAAAUUCAGUUUUGGCUUUUGGUUUUGGUGCCACCCUAAGAUUUUCUGUGGCCCCAUUUGGCCACCCUUAUGAAACAUUUUUUGACGUGCCACUGUGUAUAUUAUCUGGAUAGAAGUUUGAUACUAAUGGCAGGUAUAUAUGUGUUCUAGGUUAGUUAUUUAAUUUAGUUGACUUCCUAAUGCUAAGCUGCAGCUCGAGCAACUCUUUAGGUUGCCUGAAGAGUUAAGCUAGUUUUUGAUUUUAACCUAAUUAUAAGUUGUAAUACUUGCUAGAUUGUAAAAUUUAUAUAGUUUACUAGUAUAACUGUAGUAUGGAGUAUACCCAGGUUUGGCAUUAAAUGUAAUCUGAGGUUUUAUUUGCUGCAGAUAGCCUAUGAGAAUGGAACAAGAAGAAAACAUAGCUAGUGAGGUUAAACAUCUGUUAGCUAAUGUUAUAUUUUAAGUCAACUCUAAGUCAGAGUGAGUUUAUUUCUGCCUCAAAGAAACAUAAGUACAACUAAAACAUCAAUUUACCAUUCAGGAGUCAUUUUUAAGGAGCACAAGAAAGGAAAUCUACUCUUAAUAUCCCCCUCUGUAAUGGUUCACACUGGAGUGCUACAUGUAGCCUGUUGUGCAAGUCGUCCAUUAACACUGGAUGCAAAGUGUUGAAUUUACAGUCCAAAUGAAUCAAACUGUCUGUCUCAGUCAAAGCUUGUUAGAGCUCUGAAUGUUUCAAGUGUUGUGUGCUUAUGUGGAUGUUGUAUAUGUGGUGGAUUUGAAUAGCAAACCGCAAAUCGAAUGUAUAUGUAAACUGUAUGUGUGUUACAAGUUAGACAUGUCUUUUGAAUACAUGGUGGCAUGUGAUUCAACGGUAGCCAUGAGUUUCAAAUCACUAAACUGAAUGUCCGCUGUCAGUUUUAAGAUGAUUCUGAUGAUUUUCUCAUUUAUCAUCAACGGGUAACAUGACUUGGCUUCAACAGAAUAAACACCAUCAGUUCUGUUA